GUUGCUUUAAUCCCCUCCCAAGCUGUAACUCUCUUCUCCUCCCACCUGGUUUUCCAAAGCUGUAAGAAUCCCAAGGGAAAGAAAACUUCAGAAGAAAAGAAGGAACAGAGAAAUGAAGGCUUCUCCGUGUGAGAGCUCUCUGACGUAGAGAUCAAAACUUUUUAAAACAUAAACAAACCCAGAGGAAGAUCCUAAAAUCUGCAACACAAUGGAUUACAUGGCUGAGGGCAAAAGGAGGCAACAACAUGGCUUGAAUUUACUGAAUCAAGUCAAAAACAUGAAGGAGUUAACAGAAAUGACUGAUGUGGUCUUAGUGGCUGAAGAUGAAAAGUUCCCUUGCCAUAGACUGAUGCUGGCUGCUUUCAGCCCCUAUUUUAAAGCGAUGUUUACCUGUGGCUUGAUUGAAUGCACACAGAAAGAAGUGGCCCUUCAUGACAUGUCAGCAGAAAGUGUGUCUGUACUUCUACACUACAUGUACACGGCUGAGCUCCACCUGAGUAAUAGCAAUGUGCAGAGUGUGGCCAUUACUGCUUUUUUCAUGCAGAUGGAAGAUGUUUUCCAGUUAUGCCAGGCAUACAUGAUGAACCACAUGGACACUUCAAACUGUGUAGGGAUUUAUUACUUUGCAAAGCACAUAGGGGCUGAAGAACUGUCCGAUCAAGCAAGGAAGUACUUGUAUCAGCACUUUGCAGAAGUGAGCUUGCAGGAUGAAAUAUUAGAGGUUGAAGCCCAGCAAUUGCUAAGCCUGAUCCGAUCAGAUGAUCUGAAUGUUUCUAGAGAAGACAGUAUUUUGGACUUAGUCCUCCGAUGGGUUAAGCAUAGCAGGAAGUUGCGUGGGGAUCACCUCUUGGAGCUCCUGAAGCAAGUAAGGCUGACACUUGUCAGCCCCUCCUUCCUGGUAGAAGCUCGAAAGAGGAACACGGUACUUUUGAGUAAUUCACAAUGCACUGAGAUGAUUGAUGGAGCAUUAGAAAUGAUCAAGAAGUCCAACCUACCAAAUUUCAGCCUCCGCUAUGGCAUGGAGACUACAACUCUUCUGCUUUGUAUUGGUAACAAUUCACAAGGCAUCAGAUCAAGGCAUGGCAGCUAUGCUGAUGCCAGCUUCUGCUAUGCUCCUGCAACACGUAAGACCUACUUCAUUUCCUCUCCAAAAUAUGGAGAAGGCCUGGGAUGUGUAUGCACCGGUGUGGUUAAUGAGAAUAAUGAUAUCAUUCUGGCCGGGGAGGCAAGUGCUGCCAAACUAUCUAGACAAAAGACCAGGAAUAUUGAAAUUUAUAGGUACAACGGUCAGGGAAAUCAGUUUUGGCAAAGACUGUGUAGUGGUCAGUUCCGUGAGCUCUAUGCUCUAGGCAGCAUCCACAAUGACUUAUAUAUCAUAGGAGGUCAAAUGAAGCUGAAAAACCAAUACCAUAUCACAAACAUUGUGGAGAGAUACUCCAUGGAGGAAGAUAACUGGAGAACUUUGGCUCCUCUCCCUGUGCCGUUAGCCUGCCCAGCUGCAGUAACAGUGAAAAACAGGCUGUACGUAAUGGGAGGCUGGACACCACAGAUGGAUCUUCCUGACGAUGAGCCCGAUCGAUUAAGCAACAAAAUGUUGCAGUAUGACCCAAGCCAUGACAAAUGGACCGAACGCGCUCCGAUGAAGUACUCGAAAUACCGCUUCAGCACAGCUGUAGUCAACAAUGAGAUUUAUGUCCUGGGAGGGAUUGGCUGUGUUGAUCGAGACAGAGGACAGUCACGUCAAUGUCUUGAUGCGGUAGAGAUCUAUAACCCUGAUAGAAAUUUUUGGAGAGAUGGGCCUCCCAUGCCAUCUCCGCUUCUAUCUUUGAGAACAAAUUCUACCUGUGCUGGUGCAGUGGAAGGAAAGCUCUAUAUCUGUGGAGGAUUUCGUGGAGCAGCUCGUCAUGAAAUUAUCAACAAAGAGAUCCUGGAGUUGGACACUUGGGAGAAUCAGUGGAACGUAGUGGCCGUCAACGUCCUCAUGCAUGACAGCUAUGACGUCUGCCUGGUGGCUCAGUUGAACCCAAGAGACCUCAUUCCUCCCCCUCCUGAUUUAGUGGAGCAAUAGGUAUGCUGAUUUCCUAGCAAGUUAGAUACAUGCCUGUUUCUGGAUAGUAGUGACCCUUGGGCUCUCUGAGAUGAAUCUACUGCCUGGACUUAUUAUAGUGAAUGUCUACUGCUGCUAUGUACCUUUAUAUUCUGGAAAUCCACAUUUGAUCAUUUGUCCUCCUUGUUGAGCAUUAAUUUUUCCAAGGUGCCAAACUGAUGUUUCUUGCUGUUUAGGUACAUCAAAUUAUCUAUAAAUAGGAAAUAUUUGAGAUGCAUUUUCACUUGGAAUUGAUCCAGUUUGACACCAACUACCAUGGCUCAAGACUGUGAAAUCAUGGGAUUUGUGGUUUGAUGAGGCAUAAACACUUUUCGACCUCAUCACAUUGAGGUUUCUAAUGCAAGCGAUACCAGGGGAAUUUGCCAGGCAGCAUGUCAGAUCUGCGGGGCAGUGGGGGAAACUGUCAUCCCACAUCCCGCAUCACCACCUUCCUCAUGAGAACUAAGGUCGAAUACUGUGAAAGCCAUCAACAGCAUGGAUAUCAGCCUCCUCCCAGUAGACUCAAAUCAAGGAAAGGCUUCAUGAGAACCACUACUCUUCUUAAUGUUGCCCCAGCAACAGCAAGAGUAUCCCUCUGGGCAGCUAAACCAGGAAAUCCCAAUUGGAUGGUCCCACAUGAGGGCAAACCAAGAAUGGGCAACUUGGAAGUCCCUGAACAGAGGCUGGAUGGCCAUCUGUCAGGGGUGAUUUGAAUGCAAUAUUCCUGCUUCUUGGCAGGGGGUUGGACUGGAUGGCCCAUGAGGUCUCUUCCAACUUUUUGAUUCUAUGAUUCUAUGAACAGACUCAGAAGUGGAGUGGGCAGAUUAAAAGACAGCCUGGCAAAAUGGCACUACCUAAAAGAAUCCUCCACCUUGUGCGACUGUGGAGCAGAACAAACUGUGGAGCUUGUCUACAAUGCCCUGCCUUAUGGAAGAAUUGUUUAAAGCUACAGACAAUAUGGUUUGCUGUUGCCUGGUUUUGGCCAACAAUUAUUUAGCCACUUGUGCUCCUUCUAUUUUUAUUAGUUUUAUAUUUAUGUAUGCAAGGCUUUUGACACAAAAUAAAUAAACCUUCCUUAUCACAUGGGGGAAAACAUCACUGCCAGGCUUCCCCCCACACUGGCCCUGCUGUAGGCAAUGAGAACACGGGUAGUCAGCCACCCGUGUUCUCAGGGCUCUGUCCUAGGACACUGUCAGGACAGAACAGGGAAGUAGCCCUGUGUCGUGUGAUGGGCCCCGGCAGACUCCACCCUGGCUCCAUCCUGGAAGCCUUCUAGUAUGAAGCCAGAAGUCCAUGUGAUGAGGUAGUAAAUCCUUUAUGAAAGUACAACUCCAUGAUUCCAUAGCAUUGAUACCUAGCAGUUAAAAUAAUGUCAAACUGCAUUAUUUCAACAUGUAGAUGCUUCCUUGGGAUGUUAUUAAUUAAGCAUGUCAAUUAAAUGGGAGCAACAGCAGAUGCUUAUAAAACUAAGAAAGAUCUCUUGGUUGAGAAUUCUUCAUUCUAUGCUGUUGUUAAUGCUGUGAAACUAUUCAUUUUUAAGCAGUGGGUCAAAAUGGAAACAUGGCCUUCAUUUCAUUGAUAAAUUGGCUCAAAUGUCAGCUUGUGCAGGUCCUAACAAGAUGAGCUGUUUAUUUCCUUGUCAGUUUCCUGCUUUCUUUUGUGUUUUGCUUAGCCUUUUCAUGAGUUUAUA